GGGAAGGGGUCAGAUUUAUCCUGAUGGUAGCAAAAGUAACAAUACAGUUUAUAAUGCUACGGCAGGAGGGAUAAUAAGCAAAAUUUUACGAAAAGAAAAAGGGGGAUACGAAAUAACCAUAGUGGAUGCAUCGAAUGAACGCCAAGUAAUUGAUAUUAUCCCUCGAGGCCUAGAACUUCUUGUUUCAGAGGGCGAAUACAUUAAACUCGAUCAACCAUUAACGAGUAAUCCUAAUGUGGGUGGAUUUGGUCAAGGGGAUGCGGAAAUA